AUGGCGCACUCCGGACAGUCAUCUUACAGCGGCUAUUCCUCCUCAAAGGGGUCACACAAGCACUCAUCCAAAGAAUCCAAGAAAGAGCUCGCCCAACGAAGGACUUCGAUGUACCAGAACCAACCAGCGUCCGAUGAACCAAGUGCAUACGGCGCCGCGUUUCGAAACGAUGAUGUCGCUGCUAGUCAGGCGCGCCACCAGGCUAGAGCCGCGGAGAACAUCUCAAAGACCAUGAACCAGUACGGCGGAAAGUAG